AUGGAGGGGAAGCCAGACCCUUCAUCCGUCAUCAAAAUCCCCGAACUCCUCUUAAACAUCCUUAAAUAUCUUGAGGGCGAUACAAAGUCGUUGUUAUCCGCUCUUCUCGUUAACAGAACUUGGUUUGAGUGCGGCGUCACCAUCGCAUGGAAAAACGCUACUGUUGCGUCGCUUGCGGCAGCCAGCGAGGAAAAUCGCCCCAUAUAUGCUUCAAGUAUCCGCCAUAUAGGAUGCAAUACCAGCUUUCAAGCUAGUUUGCAGGCGAAAGUUAAAGACCUUGAGUUCACAAAUCUUAGAUCAUUCUCAAUAGAAACAUACCGGCUACUACAAGAUGAGGAUUUGUACCUUGAGCAAUAUAUACGUCCAACCUUGGAGUCUAUACAUCUCUAUGGAAGUGGCCUAGGUUCAAAGUUUUUCACUGCAGUGCAACUUCGUUGUCGUCGGCUUCGUGAAUUAACAUUGGACAGCCCAGGACAUGAACUUACCUCUGAACAUUUCCUUGAAUUUCUUAGAGGUUGCUCUGCGCUGUCACAACUGAGCCUUUUAUACGGCAUUGAAAAUAUUGUUAGUGACGACGUCGUUGUGCAUCUUGCAUCACGCGAUAAUCUUAGGACCCUCAGUCUAGGCCCGGUCAUUGAUUCUAGACUCAUGGAGCGCAUCGUGGUUGAUGUUUCGAACCCUUUUCAACAUACAAAAGACCUUCGUCUAUCUCUUACAUCCACAGCUUUACAUCUAAUUACUCCCCAUUUAUCUUCACUCACAGUUCUUGAGCUCACAGUCAAAGAUAACGAACACAGUGCUCUUGAACAUGUAACAUCUCUUCGGAAUUUGCAACGCCUUACCAUCAAUUAUGCAAUGAAUACAAACCUAAGUUCAGCGGAACUUCUCUCACUAAAGCAUCUCACUAAUCUAGAGGCAAUCACUCUCAAUGGUAUGCAGCAUGAAAUGAAUACCUUUAAUUUGGACUGCUUCCAGUUUACAGACAGCGAAUUUGAAACUUUGCUCUCGAGUUUGCCACGCCUCUCCCGCCUCAAUUUUGGCGUCCAGUGCAUGUUAACAAGUACAGCAUUGAAAACCGUUGCAAAGUAUUGUCCACGUAUUGACACAUUGCAAAUCCUUGUCCCAAUAGAGACAACAAUACUCCGUCCAGAGAGUGUGGACCAGGAACCCAUGCUUCCUGAAUUGCACACCUUGGACCUUGUAGGGUUUGAUAGACCGGCUGAUGUGUCUCCUGAUGAUGAGGAAGUGUGA